AAGUCCCUAUGAAUAAUGAUGAAUUCUGAUUCGAUACGACCUGGAACAAUGCUUUUCAUAUCUUUCUUCUAAGAUUAAUGCACAAUCUGCAAAGAAGUGAAGAAGGGAAAGGGGUGAUACAUUAUCUCCGUUUGCAUUGUGACCACGUCAUUGCGCUGUAGGCGUUUCGAAUAUCAGAUUAUUAUGCAGUUGAAUUCGUCUGGUCUGACGAACAUCGGCCAUUGUUAGUUAGUGCGGUAGAUAAAAAGAGAACGGAACUAGCGAAAUUCUCCACGAGCUUUCGUCGAUAUCGAAUUUUUUCAGAGAAAAUUCCGGGGAAAUUCCAAACCAUGAUAUAAUUAGACAAAUUUUUCAUUUCUUUCUCUCACCCUGCUGCAGGCUUCAGGUCUGUCCAGAAAUUACGCGACUGAUUAAACGAACGUUUGAAAUAUGCCAAACGAAAUAGAGGAACACAGGAGAAGAAAUCCCAAGGAAACUGCAAAUUUCCUCAGCUGGUUGUGUUUUGGAUGGACUUUGCCGAUUUUUAUGCAAGGACGUAAGCGUUCUCUGCAAUUAAAAGAUUUGUACGAUCCCCUAAAAUCAAACAAAUCCGGGAAUCUCGGCAAUCGUCUCGAAAGAGAAUGGAAGAAGGAAUUAGCGACGUUUAAAAAUAGUACGAACAAAGGCUCAAAAUGCCAGCCAAGUCUGAAGUGGGCCUUGAUCCGGAUGUUCUGGGUUCCUUUUAUGCUGCAAGGAAUGCUUUUUCUGGUAUUGUUGCUCGGGCUGAAAAUAAUGCAGCCAAUAUGCCAAGGAUGGGUGAUCGGUUACUUCAAUCCGGGCGAAAACUCGAUAUCGCAAAAUCAGGGUCUCCUAAACGCUGGCGCUCUAAUUCUCGUCACUCUUGCUCUGAUACUCAUCGAACACCACAACAGACUUCGCACCCAAGAAAUCGGGAUGUGCAUCAGGAUCGCAUGCUGUUCGUUGAUAUAUAGAAAGCUCUUACGUCUGAACUUGACUGCCGUGAAAAAUGCAGCUACCGGCAAAGUCGCCAAUUUGAUCAGCAAUGAUGUGGCUCGAUUCGAUAUGCUUCUAAUAUACCUUCACUUCGUUUGGAUCAUGCCGUUGCAAAUGUCAUUGAUAGGAUACGUGAUGUGGCAAUCUUUGGGUGUCGCAACUUUGGUCGGUAUGGUUGCUAUGCUGGUCCAGACUUUACCAAUUCAGGGUUACUUGUCCCACGUUGGAGGAAAGUUGAGAUCAAAGAUAGCAGUGAAAACAGACGAGAGGGUGCAGCUGAUUCGUGAGAUAAUAGCCGGAAUCCAGGUGGUGAAGAUGUACACUUGGGAAAAACCCUUCGAGACUAUAUUAUGGAAGAUUCGAGGUCUGGAGUUGAAGCUGAUAGCGUACUGGCUGUACCUGAGAGGAAUACUGCUCGGCUUGAUGAAUUUCUCCGGACGAAUCACUGUUUGGGUGACAAUGGUUACCUUUGUGCUAAUGGGAAAUUCUCUGACGCCAGAAAUAGUGUUUCCCAUGAUCACUUUUUUCAACGUGCUUCAAAUGACGUGUGGUAUCGCGGUUCCGGCAGCUAUCAUUCAGGCCAGUGAGGCCGCUGUGUCUUUAAAAAGGAUAACUGACUUCUUAUUGAUGGAUGAAGUGGGAAUCUCAAAAAAUUCUGAAUCUAAAGCCAACGAAUCGGUGCUUCAGAAUAAUGAACAUCAAACGGAGUCUCCGCUACUGCAGAGAGACGAAGGUGUGGAAAAAAUAGACGAAUCAACUUCGCAGAAAGAAGAGAAAGAAUUGAAGAGCACAGUGUCACGCAAACGGUUUGAACAUGGAAUUGAGAUUGAACUACUUAAUGUCAACGGGAAUUGGAUACGUGGACAGUUGCCACCAACCUUGAGCGACGUUUCAAUGGAAAUAAAGAGCCAAUCUCUCUCUGUGGUUGUGGGACCUGUUGGUUCAGGAAAGUCGUCAUUGCUGCAACUACUGUUAGGCGAGUUGUCGGUCGGAGCUGGUCAACUAUCAUUUUUCACUGGUCAAGACAAUGAGAAAAUUAGGAUCAAUAGUCGGGAUAUUUGCAUGUCAUACACCAGCCAAGAACCUUGGCUUUUCUCCGGCUCAAUUCGCGAUAAUAUUCUCUUUGGCCAACCGUACGACGAAAAUCGUUACCAAGAAGUGAUAGCAGCUUGCGUGCUCGAUAAAGAUUUCCAACAGCUGCCUCAUGGUGACUUGAGUUUCGUCGGAGAAAGAGGAGCCAUUCUGUCUGGAGGUCAGCGAGCUCGUGUCAAUCUCGCCAGAGCCAUUUAUAAAGAUGCCGAUCUUUACUUGCUCGACGAUCCUCUGAGCGCUGUCGAUGCUCCAGUCGCUCGUCAUCUGUUCGAAGAAUGUAUCAAGGGUUUUUUAAAGGGCAAAACCCGUAUCCUCGCUACUCAUCAGCUACAAUUUCUGCAGCAAGCCGAUGACAUAAUCAUCAUCGAUCGUGGUACUAUUAAGAGUCAAGGAAAAUACGAUAAGAUAGUCGAGGCUGGUCGGUAUUUUGAAGCAAACAAAUUUCCCGAAGAGAACGUCCAAGGCAAGGCAUCAUGUAAAAGUGCUGAGAAGCCCAAAGUGUCAGAGAAUGAAAAGUUCACGGCGGGAAAACCACUAUCGCAAAUAUUCAAGAGUUACUUUUUGUCAGGCGGUCAUAUCUGCUCGCUGAUCUUGCUCGGCGUAACUUUUAUAAUUGGACAAGUAGCAACUAAUGCGAGUGAUUAUUGGCUGACCUACUGGACAAAUCACAAUACCGUCAAAGCUGUGGAGCCGCAAUCAGUCAAUUUCAUUGUUGGUGAUCAAGAUCAAGCUUUGAACAAUUCUGCUAACAUGUCGGUCACAUCUGAAUCGGCGUGGUUUGAUGAAUUCGGACUGCUGCGUACAAACGUAGCGAUUGAAGUUUAUACAGCGUUGAUUCUGGCCAAUGUUCUCAUUCUUUUCCUCCGCAGUCUGCACUUCAUGAAAAUAUGCAUGAACGCCAGUCGCAAUAUCCACAAGUCGAUGUUUUACAAUCUUUUGUUGGCUCCUAUGAGAUUCUUCAACAUCAACCCAGCUGGGAGAGUGUUAAACCGAUUCUCGAAGGACGUUGGUGCUAUGGAUGAAUUAUUGCCUAAGGCGAUUUUGGAAGCACUACAGAUUUUUACCGUGAUACUGGGGAUCUUCGUAAUUGUCGCCAUUAUCAUACCAUUGGCGAUUAUUCCUGCAGUGAUCAUGUGUGGACUCAUGUAUUUUGUAACGAUCUACUUUCUCAGAGUUACCCGAGACAUCAGGCGACUGGAAGGAAUGACCAAAAGUCCAGUCUUUUCGCAAAUCAGCUCUACUUUGGAUGGAUUAACCACGAUUCGAAGCAGAGGUACAGCGGUCGAAGAAAUGAUGGUGAAGGAAUUCGACCGUCACCAAGACGUGAACACCGGUGCCUGGUACCUGACGAUUGCCACUGCGACUGCCUUCGGGUUUACUCUCGACCUUAUUUCUUGCUUUUUUACUGCCUUCGUUUGCUUUUCGUUGAUCUUCUUGAAUGAUGGAAACUUUCUGGGCGGAUCUGUGGGUCUCGCAAUUUCACAAUGCUUGACCUUAACUGGUCUGGUUCAAUAUGGUAUCAGACUAUUUGCUAUGGUAGUUGCGCAAAUGAUAUCAGUGGAGAGAGUUCUUCAAUAUACAAAUUUGCCCAAGGAAAAAGUCGUUGUCACUGACAAACCACCUCCAGCUGAUUGGCCCUGUAAGGGUGGUUUGGUUUUCAAAGGUGUCUCCAUGAAAUAUGCUGAUGAUGAACCACCGGUACUGAAGAAUCUAAAUUUCAAUAUAAAGCCUGGCUGGAAGGUUGGCAUAGUGGGAAGGACUGGUGCAGGAAAAUCCUCGCUCAUUUCGGCGCUGUUUCGGUUAACUGGUGACGGACUAGAGGGUGAAAUUCUUUUGGACGAGAUAGACACUAUGUCAAUAGGGCUGCACGAUCUGCGUUCUCGAAUCUCCGUCAUUCCCCAAGAGCCAGUCUUGUUCUCAGCAAGUCUCCGUUAUAACUUGGACCCUUUUAAUCGGUACUCAGACUCAGAAUUGUGGGACAGCCUACGAGAAGUAGAACUUGGUAACUUGGUAUCAUCCCUCGACUUCCAAGUUGCUGAGGGUGGAGCCAACUUUAGUAUCGGGCAGCGACAACUGAUCUGCUUGGCCAGAGCAAUCCUUAGAAACAAUCGGCUCAUCGUGCUUGAUGAAGCUACUGCCAACAUCGACCGAAUCACUGACGCUUUGAUCCAAACCACUAUAAGACGGAGGUUUUCUGACAGCACGGUACUGACGAUAGCGCAUCAAAUUAAAACAAUAAUGGACAGUGACCGAGUCUUGGUCAUAGAUGGAGGCUGCAUCGUGGAAUUUGGUCCUCCGCAUCUACUGUUAAAAGAUCCCAAUGGCUUUUUUACGCAAAUGCUUCAGCAAACUGGAAUGACGACCUCGAAAAUACUUUUAUAAGCUGCUGAUAGCGCUUAUCAAUAAAGCCUUGGGCCCAUCAAAGCAGCAGACGAUAUUGUAUACCAUACCUGUCAGUAGGAGAUUAAUUGAUAAUGAAAAAAUUAAUAAUCAGACAAGCUGAAUCGCAUUGGCAUCAGUAAUCGUUACAAUAUAUUUGAAGCCAAUGAGAUCCGAAUGGGUCUAUGAAUUAUGUAAUAUAAUAAGAACGAAACCUCGAUUUCAUUAGAUCUAAUUACGUUUUGUGAGCGUAUAAUCAGAUCUAAUCAUAUUUUCCCGGGAUACACUGUUUCUUAUUCAAAUAUAUCGUUUACCUGUUAUUAUGUUGAUUUAAAGCAUACCAACUGUUGAAAAAAUAUACUGAAUAUAUAAACGUUGUUCAAUCUCGAUUAUGUCACUCCAUUAUAAACACGUGAUCGUCUGCUGGGUCAACUAUUGACUAAAGCAUUAUGUUUAACUAUAUCAAUUGUGGCAUUCAAAUAUUCAUAAAACAUAUCGAGCAAUGACGUGUGUUAUAAAAUAACUGCCCCACUUUUUUCAGUUUAAUCCAUUUCGUGGUGUAUACACGAAUAAUUAUUAACAAGCAAUGUGAUGAAGAAGAUGGGAAAUUUGCUAUCAGCGCGGAUACACCAGAAUUGUCGUCAGCGUCUUAUCGCCGCGGUGGUAAGAAAAAGUUUGCGACGGUCGCGUCGGAACGGCUAACAGGUAUUCAUCGUUAGUGAGAUGAAACGGUAACACCG